GACUCAGCCCAAAAUACAGCAUCUUGACAGCAAAGCUCAGGUUAAAGAGGGAAUGAUGGACAAUAGAAGCUACUCUAAUCUACCAGACAAACUGCCCGUCUUCUCUGAUUCUGUUCACUUGCCGCUGACCAGGUCUUUCUAUCUGGACCCUAUGGUCACUUUCCACUUGUACCCUGAUGCCCCGGUGCCAUCUCCUUACUCUGAAGAGCUGCCAUUGCUGCCUUUCUCCAGUGACUCUGUGAUCAUGGACAAUUAUGGCGAGCCCUGUCCCUUCUCUUUCCCAAUGCCUUAUCCAAAUUACAGACGGUGUGAAUACUCCUAUGGGCCAGCUUUUAUCAGGAAAAGGAAUGAACGGGAAAGGCAGCGGGUGAAAUGUGUCAAUGAAGGCUAUGCCCAACUCCGCCAUCAUCUGCCAGAGGAGUAUUUAGAGAAGCGACUCAGCAAAGUGGAAACCCUCAGGGCUGCAAUCAAGUACAUUAAUUACCUGCAGUCUCUUCUGUACCCUGAAAAGGCGGAGACCAAGAAGAACCCUGGGAAAGGACUUCCCAUAAUGGCAACUGCAAGCUGCCAUACUGACCCCAUUUUUAGAAUUGUUUGACUCAGUGUUUCCAAAUGGAAACAGAUAAUUUCACAAAAUGGGGU